UGGCUAGUGAUGACGUAUGUGUGACGUUGGCAUGCGCAGAUGAGGAUGUCCUGAACACACACACUGCUGAUUUAAAUCUCUCCAUCAGCAAUAAUACAGAGAAUCAUCUAGCAAGUUCUCCCCCGUUUGUCUGAUGUGGGCUGAGUGAUGUCUGCAAAUAAAGCCCUGGAGCUGCAGAUGCAGAUGAGACAGAAUGCAGAAGAUCUGCAGAACUACAUGAAGGAGCUCGACAACUGGGAGGAAGAAGUCAAGAGGAAAGACCAGCAGCUUCGUAUUGGAAACAUAGACGUAACACAAAAAACUCUCCCGCCAGUGAGGAACAAGGAUUAUACGAAGACAAAGAAGAGGGUGAAACGUAAAACAAAUGGUGACAACGGUCAGAAAGAGACACAGCGGAUAAAGUCGUACGAUUAUCAAGCCUGGGACAAAUUUGACGUGGACAAGGCUCUGGAGAUCAUGGAAACGACGGAGAGCCCGGUGCAGUCCAGUGAGUCCGACUCUGAGAGAGUUCAGGUGGACAGAGAUCUGGCGCUCGCUGAGAAAGAGAAAGGUAAUGAGUUGUUCAAAGACGGUCAGUACGACAGCGCGGUCGAGUGUUACACCAGAGGAAUGAACGCAGAUCCGUACAACCCCGUCCUGCCCACAAACAGAGCUGCAUGCUUCUGCAGACUGAAGAAGUUUGCUGUGGCCGAGUCGGACUGUAAUUUGGCAAUCGCUCUGGACAGUAAAUACGUGAAAGCUUACGCCAGGAGAGGAGCCGCACGCAGUGCUCUCAAGAACCAUCAGGGGGCGCUCGACGAUUAUGAAAUGGUCCUGAAAUUGGAUCCUGGAAACUUAGAGGCGCAGAAUGAAAUAAAGAAAUUAAAGCAGGUGUUAGAAUCCAGCAGACAGACAGCAGAGGUGAGAGAGAGUGAGACAGCUGCAGCGACUGCGCAGACGCUUGAUCCCUUUAAACAGCAGGAGCUGCAGGAACAACACAGGAAACAGGAAGCUGUUAUUCAGAAAGACAGAGGAAACGCUUACUUUAAAGAAGGGAAGUAUGAGGCCGCUGUGGAGUGUUACACUAAAGGAAUGAAAGCAGACGACACAAACGCUCUGCUGCCGGCUAACAGAGCCAUGGCAUACCUCAAACUACACAGGUACAGUGAGGCAGAGCAGGACUGCAAAACAGCUCUUGCUCUGGACAACACGUACUCGAAAGCGUUUGCAAGACGAGCAACAGCGCGAGCCGCUCUAGGAAAGAUCAGAGAAGCCAGAGAAGAUUUCGAACAGGUUCUGAAGCUCGAGCCAGGAAAUAAACAAGCCAUAAUUGAGAUUGAGAAACUCACAGCGGAGCUGAGGGCCAGUGGACUUCUGUUUCCAGAGGAGAACACACAGAGAAGAACCAUCCAGCCAAUCAACAAACCUGAACAUCUCAGAUCCACUAAACCGUUGAGGAGAAUAGACAUACAGGAAGUAGGUGGAGAGAUGAUGCUGUCAGUCAAACCUGAAGAAGCGUCUGCUCCGCCCUCUGUGCUGUCUUCACCCAAUCACAAGAUCCAGAAGAUAGAGAUCUCAGAUGCCUUCUGUCCUCCUGCUCACAGGAGUUCUGAUGGUGAUUUAAGUAAAGAGAUGAAGGAUGUUCAUGUAGAUGCAGUGCGUGUCUCGUGUGAGGAUCUUGAACAGGUUCCUGCUCCACCCAACAACAGUUUUCAGCUGGAAUCUGACCUCAGAAAGAUCAGCCGGCACCCAGAAUCCACUUACAGAUAUUUAAAGCAAAUCAGUCCAGAUGCUUUUCCAAAGAUCUUCCAGAACUCUCUUGAGCCUGAUAUUCUUAACGUGCUCCUCAAGACAUUCCACAACUUCUACACUGAACGUGAAGAUGCGUCUCUCGUUCUGGACAUCCUGAGGAAUCUGGCGAGCGUCAGGAGAUUCGACAUGGCUGUCAUGUUCAUGUCGACUGCAGAGAGGAAAGUGGUACAGGAGCUGUUUGACUGGAUUCAUCGUGCCGGUCUGACAGACCAUUCUGUUCAAGACUUACAGAAGAAAUACGGCCUGUGACCUCUGCUCACAGUAAGAGGGGAGGAAUCUCACCUGUUUAAACUCGAUAAAACAUCUGUGACAGAAACAUGUUUGAAUGUGAAUGCUCAUUAAAUAUGUCUGAUACCUCAAACUGGAUCUCUGGUGCCUUUAA